AGUUGAGGAUCUACUCAGGUUCAAUCAGUCCGCUCUGCUGACGAGAAGUUGACGAGGGAAGUCAUUUUGAAGACUGCUGAGCGGUCGAAUUGAUUGACCUUCCUUUUAUAAGUCCGAUAUUGGCCGUUCGAACUCGUUUAUUCACAAUAUCGCGGCUUAAAAAAGAAUAUUCGCCAUGUCUUCUCUGCGUAUCCUUGUGCCCGUCAAGCGGGUUAUUGACUAUGCGAUCAAGCCUCGCGUCAAUAAGACUCAGACUGCUGUGGAGACUGCUGGCGUGAAGCACUCCAUGAACCCGUUUGACGAGCUUUCCGUGGAAGAGGCCGUCCGUAUCCGAGAGCGCAAGGUCCCGGUCGAAGAUAUUGUAGCUAUUUCCGCCGGCCCCACGAAGGCCCAGGAUGUCCUCCGGACCGCCAUGGCCAUGGGCUGCGACCGAGCAAUCCAUGUUGAAAUUCCCACCGACAAGGGCGAGCCGGACCUCGAACCUCUAGGUGUGGCUAAGAUGCUGAAAGCUGUGGUUGAGAAGGAGAAGCGCAACCUGGUCAUCCUUGGCAAACAGUCCAUUGACGAUGAUGCCAAUCAGACGGGCCAAAUGCUCGCCGGUCUGCUGAACUGGCCUCAGGCCACACAGGCAUCCAAAGUAGAUGUGGAGGGUGAACAGGUCACUGUGACACGCGAGGUCGAUGGCGGAGUUGAGACUCUAAGUGCCAAGCUACCUAUGAUUAUCACUACGGAUCUGCGGUUAAAUGAACCCCGUUUCGCCAGUUUGCCCAACAUCAUGAAGGCAAAGAAGAAGAAGUUGGACAAGAUGACGUUGCAGGACCUGGGUGUAGAUGCGACAAGAAGGCUGAAGACAGUCAAGGUUACGGAACCCGCACCGAGAAAAGGUGGCGGCAAGGUCGAUAGCGUGGAUGGGCUCAUUGGCAAGCUCAAGGAGCUCGGUGCACUAUAGAUAUUUGUUUAAUGAUCUUCUGUUAUUGCUCUUUUUAAAGCUUCUUUCCCUUUAUGCUCUAUGGAACAUAGGUAAAAUCAGAUAUUAUCCAUACUAGCUUUCUUCUUUUGAAUCAGGUAAUCAAUAAAGUUGACUGCCUUUGCCUCACUCAUCCCAGCCAAUCCGAGCAUGUCCGUCCUGCGGUACCUGUUUCGAGCUAGCCUCCUCACCCAGAGCCAAUAGGUCUCUUUGCAAUUUUUCGUUCUCUCGCAUCUCAUUUCCGGUGUCGAGCAGUGAUAGAGCUUGAUGGCAAAGAAUCUUUUGAGAACAGUUUUUGUAUGCUCAUCGCCCCAGUUAUCAGGUUUCAAUGACAGUUCACCGGUGCUGUACAUAUCAGACAUUCUCUAUGGCAGAUUAGCUGAUCAGCAAGAUAUUCCGCUGACGGAAGGUAGACGGACGUUGAUUCUUGAAUUCGCACAAAACGAUUGAUGAUCGGGACUUUAGCAUUGGAGAGGAA